UUUGGAGGAGUCUCCGGAAGAUGGGACACUGGAACAGUGAGGCGUUGGCCUUACGUCAAUGAGUGAUCGUGCGAUUGGUUCCUUGUUUGUUCAUCUCACGCUCUCUUUAAUCAAAGGGGCAAUUUGUCUGACUUCGUUUUAGACUCUCAUUGAGUCCCUUCUUUCUCUGCUCCUCUAAACCUCAUUCCCUCUUCCUCUUCCUCUCCUCUUUAUUGUCACACACACACACACACGCUCUUCCUCUCCCUCUCUUUCCGUCAGGAUUACUCUAGAAUAGUAUUUCAACAGUCCAAUUUGUUGUCAGAAUUCACGAUCAAAGGGAAAUGAAGAAGGUGGUGCUGAAGUUGGAUUUGCACGAUGACAAAGCAAAACAGAAAGCCAUGAAAAUGGUUUCUAGCCUUCCAGGGAUUGACUCCAUAGCCAUGGACAUGAAGGAGAAGAAACUGACAGUAAUAGGGGACAUAGACCCGGUGGACGUGGUGAGCAAGCUGAGGAAAGUGUGGUACACAGAGAUAUUAACAGUGGGGCCGGCCAAAGAGCCGGAGAAGAAGAAGGAAGAAGGCAAGAAAGACGAAGGCAAAGCGAAGAAGGAAGAUGACAAGAAGAAAGAUCCAAAUGAACAGGCUGCUGAGCUUGCCAGGCUUUACAGAGCUUAUAAUCCCUACAUGACUACAUACUAUCAGGUUCAUAGUGCUGAAGAGAAUCCCAAUGCUUGUGUUAUUUCUUAAUCUUCAUGUUCAUGUUUUUAUUCUCUGUUUGUUUUUUGGUCUAUGCUUGUUAUAUAUAUGUGAUGAAUAUAAUAGUAAGGAGUUCUUGAGAGUUGAGAUGAGUCAGGGUUAGGAUUGCUUCGUUCACUCGUGUAUUUGCAGUGUUUCUCUGUAUCUUUGGUGGAUUCACUCAAACUUUAUAUUGUGGCCCUGAGGAUUAUGUCUCUCUGAAAUAACAGAGGCUAUAGAGAUUUUGAACGAAUAAA